AUGGUCAAGCAGCAAAAGGUCGUCGUCAAUGAUGUACCGAAGCCCACCGAAGCACCAAAUCAGUUCCUAGUCAAGAUACAGUCAGCAUCAUUAUGUCAUUCAGACUUGCUCAUGGCCAUGAGACCCGACUACAAUGUCACCUUAGGACACGAAGGAGUCGGCUACAUUGAGUCUAUCGGCGCAGAAGCUAGCGACAAAGGCUUCAAAGUUGGUGAUGCUAUCGGGUUUAACUAUUUCAUCGGCGCAUGUUUCGAAUGCGAAGGGUGCAUGAUCCACAACAUGCGAUGCGAGACGGGUAACCAGAAACUACAAGGUUUUGUGUCGGAUGGGUACUUCGCCGAGUACGCGGUCGUUGAUUGGCAGAAUGCAGUCAAGCUACCCGAAAACCUCGAUAUGAGUAAGACUGCACCGCUGUUCUGUGCAGGUAUCACAGCAUUUCAUUCGGUGGACAGCUGUGAGUUGAAGGCGGGCGAUUGGCUGGCGGUUAUCGGGUGCGGCGGUCUUGGACAGUAUGCGAUACAAUAUGCAAAAGCCAUGGGUAUUAAGACCAUCGGUCUCGAUAUCAACGACAACCAAUUGGAUGUUGCGAAAAAGGUUGGCGCGGAAGCUGUCUUCAACUCCAUGAAGAACAAGGACUAUCUCGAAGAGAUCAAGAAGCUCACAGGAGGCAAAGGAUGUCACGCAGCGGCGGUUUAUAGCGCAUCGAAUGCAGCAUACGCCGGCGCUCCAGAUGUCUUGAGAACAGGCGGACUACUCAUGGUCAUUGGAAUCGCACCGAAAGGACUGGACUUCAUCAACACCUUCGACUUAACAACAGGACGGUACCGCAUCAAGGCCGACAGCACGGGUAUUCCGCAGCGAAUGAAGAAGGCUGUGGAUUUCACUGGCAAGCACAGCAUACAACCAGAAGUCGAGUUCCGCAAGAUUGAUGAUUUGCCGCAGAUGGUCGCUGAUAUGGAGGCUGGUAAAGCGGAGAAGAGACAGGUUGUUGUAUUCUAG